CCGGCGCCUACCCAGGUGCGCGCCGGCGGCGGCACAGAGCGGGCGGCGGGCACCGGCACCGCAGCCCGCCCGCCCCCCCCCCCCCCUCCCCCCCAUCCCUUCCUUUUUCCCUCCCCUUCCCCUUCUCCCCGUACCCCGUUUUCUGGAAGCCGCUGCUGUUCCGCACCACCGGCGCGGCGCGAUCCGCGGCGACCUGCGAAUGUGCCGCCUCCGCUGCGGCUCCGCGGGCACCGGCUGCCGGAACAUCUUCAGACACUGAUUUGCAGAAGAUUCUGGAACACAGGAGCAGCUGAGAGUCUUCAGGCCAUUUCUUGUCUUCUCUAAACUCCGAAAAUCAUCUUUCACCUUCUGGAUGUCCAAGCCUUUCACCUUAAACUUUAAGCUUUACAUUUUCUGCCUGAUAACAAAUUACCUUCUCGAUCUGUUGCCAUUUUGAGGGGCUGGGGAGCUGAACUCACUAGCUGACCAGCAUGGCGAAGGUUGGAGUUGUUUUAACUGUUUGCCAGUUGGUGCUAGAAUUGUUAAUGAAUUCAUUAACUGAGUCUUCCAUACAGAGUAACGAAUGUCCACAGCUUUGUGUAUGUGAAAUCAGGCCAUGGUUUACACCACAGUCAACGUACAGGGAAGCCACAACAGUUGACUGCAACGACCUUCGAUUAACAAAAAUCCCCAGCAAUCUUUCCAGUGACACUCAAGUCCUUCUGUUACAAAGCAACAACAUUGCAAAGACCACAGAUGAACUCCAACAGCUGUUUAAUUUAACAGAAUUGGAUUUUUCACAAAAUAACUUCACAAGUAUCAAAGACGUAGGGCUCUCAAAUCUCACUCAACUUACUACUUUGCACCUGGAGGAAAACCAGAUAACAGAGAUGACUGACUACUGCUUGCAAGACCUUUGCAAUCUUCAGGAGCUAUAUAUAAACCACAACCAGAUCAGCAGCAUUUCUGCAAACGCGUUCUCUGGCCUGAAGAAUCUUUUGAGAUUACAUCUCAACUCCAACAAAUUAAAGGUUAUUGACAGCCGUUGGUUUGAUUCUACUCCAAACUUAGAGAUUCUCAUGAUUGGAGAAAAUCCAGUGAUUGGAAUACUAGAUAUGAAUUUCAAACCACUCUCAAACUUAAGGAGUCUAGUUUUGGCAGGUAUGUAUCUCACAGACAUUCCUGGCAAUGCCUUGGUAGGCUUGGAUAGUCUCGAAAGUCUUUCCUUCUAUGACAACAAACUGGUAAAAGUUCCUCAGCUUGCACUUGAGAAAGUUCCAAAUUUAAAAUUCCUGGAUCUCAACAAAAAUCCGAUCCAUAAAAUUCAAGAAGGUGAUUUCAAAAACAUGCUCAGAUUGAAAGAGCUUGGAAUCAAUAAUAUGGGAGAACUCGUUUCUGUUGAUAGGUAUGCACUGGACAACCUGCCUGAACUUACAAAGCUUGAAGCCACCAACAAUCCAAAGCUGUCUUACAUCCAUCGUUUGGCAUUUCGCAACGUUCCUGCCCUGGAGAGCUUGAUGCUGAACAACAAUGCCUUGAAUGCAGUCUACCAAAAGACGGUGGAAUCCCUUCCAAACCUGCGUGAGAUCAGUAUCCACAGUAACCCGCUCAGGUGCGACUGUGUCAUUCACUGGAUCAACUCAAACAAAACCAACAUCCGUUUCAUGGAACCUCUCUCCAUGUUUUGCGCCAUGCCUCCAGAAUACAGAGGACAGCAGGUGAAGGAGGUGUUAAUACAGGAUUCAAACGAACAGUGUCUUCCAAUGAUCUCUCACGAGACCUUUCCGAAUCACUUAAACUUGGACAUCGGCAUGACGGUGUUUUUAGAUUGCCGGGCCAUGGCAGAACCUGAGCCAGAAAUUUACUGGGUCACUCCUCUCGGCAAUAAAGUAACUGUCGAAAGUCUCUCUGACAAGUACAAACUGAGUAGUGAAGGCACCUUGGAAAUCUCUAACAUCCAGGUUGAAGACUCCGGGAGAUACACCUGUGUUGCUCAAAACAUAGAAGGGGCCGACACGAGGGUCGCUACUAUCCGGGUGAACGGAACGCUUUUGGAUGGUACCCAGGUUCUGAAAAUCUACGUUAAGCAAGCCGAGUCGCAUUCAAUCUUAGUUUCUUGGAAAGUUAAUUCCAAUGUCAUGACUUCCAAUUUGAAAUGGUCAUCGGCCACUAUGAAGAUUGACAACCCUCACAUUACGUACACUGCUAGGGUCCCGGUUGAUGUACAUGAAUAUAACCUCACGCAUUUACAACCAUCUACAGAUUAUGAAGUGUGUCUAACGGUGUCAAGUAUCCAUCAGCAAACACAGAAGUCCUGUGUUAAUGUUACAACAAAAAAUGCAGCUUUUGCGCUAGAUAUUUCAGACCAAGAAACCAGCACUGCCCUCGCAGCAGUAAUGGGAUCCAUGUUUGCUGUUAUUAGCCUCGCCUCCAUUUCUGUUUAUAUUGCAAAAAGAUUUAAGAGAAAAAACUACCACCACUCAUUGAAAAAAUAUAUGCAAAAGACCUCUUCAAUCCCACUGAAUGAGCUCUACCCUCCACUUAUUAAUCUCUGGGAAGGUGACAGUGAAAAAGAAAAGGAUGGUUCUGCAGAGACCAAGCCAACCCAAGUCGACACAUCCAGAAGCUAUUACAUGUGGUAACUCAGAGGAUAUUUUGCUUCUGGUAGUAAGGAGCACAAAGACUUUUUUGCUUUAUUCUGCAAAAAUGAGAAGUUGAAGACUUUUGUAUUUUUGACUUUGCUAGUUUGUGGCAGAGCGGUGAGGACAGGUGGAUAUUUCAGAAUUUUUUAGUAUAGCGUAUCGCAAUUGUUCGACACAAAUGGCAGCUUCACCUAGCUUCCAGUUCUUUUUUUUUUUUUUUUUCUUUUUUUUUUCCCUGUUUUUAGUUAUCGUGCUAAACUUAAUGCUGUUCUAACUACAGUGCUGAAUAAAAUUAAUGAGAGGCUGGGGUUACCCUGUGAUUCAAAAGUAGCACAACCCCAUUCUUCUGAAGCCAUCAGUAGAGUACAUACAGUAUCUUGCAAAGCUAACAUACGGUUUUGAAACUGCAUUGAACUAGGUUUGUAACACUGGUCUGAGGACUCGUACACGGAGAAAAGGAGACCUGGAAUGAUGUUAGUUGACUGUACUGUAAUGUUGUAUCAACUGAUUUGAAUGUUUUUGACUUUGAACAAUGAGUUUUCUUUUUUUUCUUUUUAUUUUUGUAGUAGUUGAAAAGGCUUAGGUAAAGCUAACAGGCAAUAGAAAUACGUACAUCCAAUUUUUUAAUGUAACAGACUAAAUGUUAAUUGUUCUCUUAUUCUUUUUAUUAUAUUUAGUAGACACUUUUGAAGAAUACUAGAGUUUUGUUGUGUUUAAAUCACCAACACAUGGUGUUUAAUGAAGGCAGAGCUAUAAUAAAUUUAGUUUUGUUCUGAUUUUUUAUUUUAGAAGUCACAAUAAUGUAUUUGGUUUAGAUGUCACUAGUUUGACUGGUGAUCAUGUUUUGACAAAAAAUAUAUCCAAAAUGUUAUAUAGAAAUAUUGUGGGGUUUUUCUUGAUGGAAUUACAUUUCAACAGAGUUCCAAUUUUUUUUUUUUUUUUUAAUGCAUUUAUUUUAAUGGUAGUGUUUUGUCCUCACUAGAUGCAAAAUAUUGAAAAUAAUACAAUCAGAAAAAUGUAUCAGUAUGGCUUUUGGACUGUAAAUCACAUGCAGAAUCAAAACUGUUUGGCAUAAGGCACACAGCAAAAAUAAUUCACAGAGUGUGUAACAAAACAUUUUCCUUUUUGUAUACUUUUCUGUUUAUAUUCUGAGCUAAGAUAUAAACGAAGCUGACAUUUAGCUGCCAUUACGAUCAGUUAGGACAUAAAAACCAACUCAGUGCUACCAAAGUGAAAUAAAACAGUUGAAUCCUGGCAUAUACUUUUAAAAAAAAAAAAAGAAAGAAAAAAAAGUGAAUUGGAUUAACGUUCCUUCAAAAGCAGAAAUUAAGAUAGCUAAAACUAACAAGAAAGUAAGAUGCUUGGGUCCAAUACUGAGCUGUGUUCUUUACAGGCUUAAAAUUAACCAGUACUCUGAGUAUUUUACUGAAUUAAUACGGUAAAAGUGCAAAACCUCAGAAAGCAGUGGUGUUUCUGUGUGUGCACUGGGUAUAAUAUAAAUGCGUAAUUUACAGUUGAACCUACAGAAGCUUUGUACGUUGUCUUUUCUGAAUGCAGGGCAGUGCUCUGCAGGGGCUGCACACGAGCCACAGGCAGGGGGGGGUUCUGGUGCCGUACGUGGGUACACUUACACUAGAUACCUAAUCAGCAAGCACAGAAUUUUCUACACUUUAUGACCAUUAUCAACGAGCAACUUUUGAAAUGUUUUUACAUACCAAAUACGUUCUUGGUAAGUAAAAGUUAAUUGUUGAAAUCGUGGAUGUGCCUGUGUUUUGGGGUUGUUUGAAGUUUUUUAACUCACUAGCUUCUCAAAUAUAUGUAACAAAGCCCCCCCCACACACAGAUUUACAGAUAGCUUCAAAUUUCCUUUUGCCCUUCAGCCAGCUCUCUAAAAGUGAAAAAGUUAUCAGCAGAGUUUCACUAAUAAGCUGCUUUGGUGCAAGAACUUCAGCACGUCUCUUGGAUACAUGCCUUGUUGAUCUUGCAUUUCAAGAUAAAGCUGAGUGAAGCUAUUAUUUAUGCAUUUAAAUCAAGUACUUAUGCUGCUGUACACAAUCUUUCAUAUGUUCAUGAGAUCUCAUACAUUUUUAAUCAUGUGACAAUUAGAUGUUGGGAUUAGGCAGGUGUCUUUUGAUCCUGGAGAAGUAACAUGGAGGAAGCAUUUAUUUGUCACCAUCUCCUGUAUUUCUUGUUAAUGUUAAUGGAAAAUUUCCUCUCGCCUUCUUCUCCAGAAGAACUCCAGAGCAAUAAUUAUCAUCUUGUCUAUAUGCUACUCUAACCUUAAAACAGCCUCUACUAGUAUAGCAGGCAUGGUGUAUUAAAACUGAGAUCUCUUUUGCAGUGAAGAUCCACUCUACUUUUUUCAGAGAAAAAGGUUGCUGAGGACAAAGUUGACAGCAAAAUUAUGGCUUCCAACUUGCAUGACAUCAUCAAAUUGCCUCUAGAAAAUAAUUAAUUGAACAGGUGUCAGAUUGGUGCAGUGCAAGCCCCCUUCUCCAUCACCUCCUCAGCUUCCCGCAGCGCCCGUAGAGCUAUAAUACCAUAAAUACUCAGUAACGAAGAUCACGCAAAGCCCCCCGGUGCUCUACCCGAGCCUCUGAGCAAACUGGUGGGAGAACGCGUCACUUGGGGUCCAAGGUGCUGGUUCACCGGUCGCUAUAAGCUAACGGCUGCCCUCCAGCACAGCGAUCCUGCUCUUCCUCCUCCCUGCUCCCAUCUCCCACCCUCGAUUACACACGACUUUGAGAUCUCUUUGCCUUCCGAACACGCUCAACCGGACCAGUGUCUGCUGGUGGAGAGACAGCCCACACUGAGAACUUUGCUCUCUCUGUGUGUGUGUGUGUGUGCGUGGCCGGAUUUGUUUUCGCUUGGCUGGCUGGGCAGUUUGAGAAACGCUGGCAAAAAGGAAGGUGGCAGGGACACGUGGCCACGGAGGAGGACAGAGCAGCACUCGACAGUUUGAUCAGCAACCGCCAACAGCAGCGAGGGGGUACGGGAAGGAAAGCCAUCCUCAACAUGUUCCUUCCCACCGGGGAAACAACAGGCCUUUUGUUCCCUGCACACCUAUUUUGGCACUUUGAUGUCAUUCGUUAUCUUUUUUAGAGCAAUGCCGUUGGACAGCGGGAGCAAAUGGCCGUAUGACAGCCAGACACUUCUCCAGGAUGCACGGAUCUGCAGUAUUUCGGGGUACCUGAUGUUGCUGGAUGUUCUCCGGGAGAGAGAUGCACGCUACCCGAGAACAGCUGAGCAGCAAGAACCGCCUAGUUAACGCAGUAUAUUCUGCACACACAGCCACCAGUGAUAAGUAUUUUCAGCCCUGUAAUCUCAUCCCUUGGAAUUCUGUACAGAUCCCCUGGAAAUUUAAAAUUUUGCUAAUAAGUGAAAAAAAGUAGGUAAGAGAUUAAUCACACGUGUCAUCGAAUUCUAGUAAAUAACCUUCAACCUUGUACUAGCAAUUAUGUGCUUGCAGUUUAUUGUGAGCAAAAAUAAAAAUACUCUGCCUAAUUGCCUUCAAAAUGUAUUUGCAUCUACCAUUCACUGAAGACAAAAACACACCUUCGGUUUGCUCAGAAUCAGAGACUGAGACUGGCCACUUUAAAAAGAGUACGUGAAAAAGCAUUGUUAUCUUUCAUCUUGCUAACAGUUUAGAAAUGCUGUGUAAGGGUACAUAUUUCAUACCCAGCUAAAAUUCUGCAGUGUUACUUCCACUUGGUUGCCUAAUAAUAAAAUAUUUCAGUCUCCUGAAGAGUAAAUAGCUCACUCAAGCGUGGUAUGCAGUAUUCCAGCUAAAUCCACUUUUCAUUUCCUUACCUAAAUCAUAAUAUCCUAUUGGAUUGAGAGAGCAUGUUUCCAGCCACGAACAAACUCAUACUGGACUUGGUCUUGGAAUAAAGUGCAAAAAUACAGAUACUUUCAUAGAGCUACGGUCUGCCCUCCCACUCUGCCUCAUGAAUAUGUACUCGGUUAGUUGCUGAAUGAAGGUUGCGAAGAGAAAAGUCCAACAGUUUGGACUCCUGUUUUCAUAAAUGGGAUAAAAGUGGAAAUAGGUCCAGAAAUCUGAGACCCAGUGAGAAGCGUGUGAACUUGCCCUAUUGCCACUGCCAAGCUGGGACCUAAGUGAUAAAAGGAGCAGCUUUUUAAGUUCCGAUCAGGCAGCUCCUUUUGCUUUGUGCUGGCAAGCUUGAAAACGAGACAGAGGACAAACCACUGCAGUGAAAUUCCUGAAAUGAAGGGGUGGGGUAAGCAGCUGGGGGCUACUUCUGGAACAUCGUCGCAUCAGCCAACGCACCGGGUAUGGGACCAGGACAAUUCACUUGGGGCAUAUCUCUAAUCAUCUCCCCAUCCUGCAAAGCAUCGCGAUGGGCACGUGCACGAUGGGCAAGUCGUGGUAGAGAAGCACAGAGGCACAGGGGAUCGGUGCUGGCGGAGCUGUUUCCCAAUCCACCCGACACACCGGGAGUAGCUGUCACACUGUGGUUCUGCUCCACGACCCACCACCAAAAUGAAUGCCAUGGAUUUCUGCUGCAACUGGAACUUGCCUUCUCACGCUCACCACGCCGACAGCACAACCCCUGCAGCCCCCGUGCCCACGGCUGGGGAAAACCCAAGACCAAAGGGCAAGGUGAACGUGCUACCAUUGUACUUCUUUCUUCAGGAAAACCCCGAGUGCCUGAGCUGGAGAUAUCAAACGCCCUUACACACAGCCCUUGUUAAAAUACUGGCUCUGCGUCCCUGCAAAAAAAAAGACAUCACCACCAAAACCCCCAGAUAACAUUUCUUUGCAGUGUCAUACAGAAGCGAAUGUUUUGUGUUUCCCCUGAACUGCCAACCUUUCAAUCUUUUCUGCUCUUUCCACCUAUUGCGAUUUUUUUACAUUUGAGAACUUUUAUCCCCCCCCUCUCUCAUAUGUUUGCCUCUGCAGUCAGCCCUUCCCCGCUCUCAUCCUGCCAUUCAAGGGCAAAUCCUUUCCAGCCUCGGUCAUCACCAGAGCCCAGGAGAUUACACUGAAGGACUUUGAAUUUCUCUUUAACUUUGCAGCUUCCCCGCCAACUUUUCUCCCUUCACCCAGUUCUUACCCUGUUUUUCUUCCAGCCGUUUCCCUUCGGAGGCCUCAGAUCGCUGCUGUCAGUAAGGCAGAGCAAGGCUGCGAUUCCAGCAGGCAGCGUUGCCGCGCGGCCCCGCCGCCUCCCCACUUGCUGCGAACACCCAGAGCCUUCACUCCCACGCCACGAACCCCCCCGAAUGCCUCCCCACGGCUCUCCGCUCCAGUUCUCCAUCCGCCCCUACGUGGGGAGCACACGAUGACUCUUAUUUUUUUCUACUGGUAUGAAAGCAACAAAAGAGUAAUUUUUCUUUUUGGUAAGGUGAAGGAGAUUUACCAUAAAAUUUGUACCGUUGUAUGUUUAUGUAAAGUAGACCAAAGGAAUGCUGAAUCAUAAUAAAAGAGUCAUAACAUCA